AUGGGACGAGUUAUCCGCGCCCAGCGAAAAGGUGCUGGAUCGGUCUUCAAGAGCCACAACAAGCACCGCAAGGGAGCCCCCAAGUUCCGCUCCAUCGACUUUGCCGAACGCCAUGGCUACAUCAAGGGAGUCGUGAAGGAAAUCAUCCACGACCCAGGCCGUGGAGCACCGCUGGCCAAUGUCGUCUUCCGCGACCCGUACAAGUACAAGCUGCGCAAGGAGCUGUUCAUCGCUGUCGAAGGCAUGUACACCGGCCAGUUUGUGUACGCCGGUCGCAAGGCCAACCUGCAAGUUGGCAAUGUGCUGCCCAUCGGCACCAUGCCCGAAGGUACCAUUGUCUGCAACCUGGAGGAGAAGGCCGGUGACCGCGGCAAGCUUGCUCGCGCCUCGGGCAACUACGCCACUGUCAUCUCCCACAAUCCCGACACCAAGAAAACUCGCGUGAAGCUUCCAUCGGGCGCCAAGAAGGUGAUCCAGUCGGCUAACCGAGCCAUGGUGGGCAUCGUCGCCGGUGGCGGUCGAAUUGACAAGCCUAUCCUGAAGGCCGGUCGCGCCUACCACAAGUACAAGGCGAAGAGGAACUCGUGGCCGAAGGUGCGUGGUGUGGCCAUGAACCCUGUCGAGCAUCCCCACGGUGGUGGUAACCAUCAGCACAUCGGCAAGGCCUCCACCGUCCGAAGAGACGCCAGCGCCGGUAAGAAGGUCGGUCUCAUCGCUGCCCGCCGAACUGGUCGUAUUCGUGGUGGUAAGAAGGAGGUCAAGGAAGACAAAUAA